CAAAUGUGUUGGUAUGUUAUAUUUUGCGCACGAUUUUUUAAUUUUUAUUUUACCUUCUAUAUAUGCGCAAACCCAAGGAGUUAUUCUUCCAUACAAAGACAACAAAAUUUUAGAAUAUUGUAAAUCGACGAGUACAUUUUACAGGAAAAACAUUUUUGAAAACCCAUGGUAUUUGUUUCUGCUAAUAAUUCUAGUAUGUAUAUUUCUUCUAAUGUUUAUAGGUUUAAUAAAAGGUUUACUAGGUAUAUGUUCCAAAUCUAUUGGAGAAUUAGGAUUAGGACUUCUGGUAGAUUUACCAAAACCCAUUGCCAAAUAUAGAGAAAAAUCGUUAGCCCACCUUCCAGUGCAAUAUGAUAUAGAAGGAUGGCCAAUACAUCCUUAUCAAAAUGAACGUAGUGUUAGAGUAUUUUCAAUGAAAACAGAGUUUUGCCUAAAUGUUGUAUUUUUCUUGGCGUACCCUCUUGCACUAUGUUUACAUCUAUGCGGUAUGUGUUGUGGAAGAAAGAUUGAACCAGAAGAUGAUAAAGGUUGCUUCUGUUGUGUCAGUAUGUUAAAACUUAAUGAACGGUUGAAGAAAAAUAAAAAGGGCGGCUAUAGCGCAGUACGAAACGUAGAUGUUUACGACGAUAACGAUAGAAAAGAAGAUGAAGAUACGCAAUAUGUUAUUAACCAGAUGCGGCAAAGUCAACUUUCACUUCAGAAAGGUUUUUAAAUAAAAAAUAUGUACUUUUUUUUAAUUAAAAAACCAAACAAAUAAUUCUGUAAUUGUAUUAGAUUCUACAACGUCAAUUAUACUACUCCC